GCUUUUCCUCUGCGUACUGUCAGAUUCGACCACACCUUAGGACCUAUUUUCGUACAUUCGUUUCACCGAUAGUACCGCGGUGCUCGCGAGAUCGACCCUUUCAUGUCCGCCGGCCACCACCGUGUUAUUGCUUCACCGGCACGGCAAUCCUCUCAUUCCUCCGUCGUUUCUCCCCGUACAAUUGAUCCUAAAGCCAUAGAUUGUGUGUUUCCUUCCGCCACUCCAGAGUCUCUCUUCCGGAACAAACUCGUUUCCUGCCAACCUUCAUCAUCACCACCGCAACCCUAACCUUCACAACCCUCCUCCCUUUGAGGGUUCAACUGCCCACACAUCCAGCUCAGUCUCUUCCGUCGCCAGAUCAAGCUUUACUUUCGUUUUCAGAUUCGCGGCUAGUGGUUCGUUCGUGAGUCCUGAAGUUGUUGGGAGCAAUCGUGUUGAUUCUUCGUAACAGCUGUAUCAGGUUCCUGAACUUUUUUCCCAACAUGGCCAACAAAUCUAAAGAAGAGCCCAAGACUGCUCCUGAGUCAGAUAGGUGGUACAAUCUCACUCUAGGUGAUUCCUUCAAGAACGAUUCAUCUAACAAAUACUGCACUCUACGAUAUGAAUUUAAACCAGCGUCAGUUGAUAAGACUAAGCCAGGAUUGCUACGCAAGACCAAAGAGAAUAGGGUGUCUGUGGAAUUUCAGAACAACCAAUUAGGAAAACCCAAGGUGACAUUUGAGGGGAAUAGUGAAGAAUACAAGGAAAAUGAUGCUGUAUUGUUCUUUGAUGGUGAAACUCUUCGAUUGGAGCGGCUUCAUAGGGCUGUAAAGCAACUGCGUCACCUACGAAUGCCUGGUGAAUCUACAGCUGCUGCAGCUGUGGCUGCUCCAUCUGGACCAGCUUUGGAUCCUCGGUCGUCCCCUGUUGGAAGGGCGAUAAAACCAGCACCUGUCAGUAGGAGCUCAUUUCAGGCAGUGCCAGUUGAGGUGGAACGCAUUGAUAUUGGUGAGCCUGAAAAUACUGGCAUCAAAUCUGGAUCUAAGAGGUCAGCUGAUCAUCUAACUGAGGCACCCACUGUUGCUGCUACCUCACCUGUUGCCAAUAAUGAAGUCGAGGAACAUCGAGAUAUAGAUAUUGAUGACCUUUUUGGCAUUGUAUCACCAGAAGAUGACCAUAAUGUUGAAGAAAAAGAUAAUGUUGGAUUUGACAUGAAUAUUCCCCAAACUGAUGAUGAGAUCGCCGACGUGGUCGAUAGUGGUGAUGAAAUGGACAGAGGAACCAAUGCUGCAGAAGCUCUCAGAGCUCAGGUAAAUGCAGAAGGGAGGGAUGAGCAAACAUCUACUUCUAGCAGUAGCAGUGGAAGUGGAAGCAGUGAAAGCGGCAGCGGUAGUGGGAGCAGCAGCAGCAGCAGUGAUAGUGAAGGCAGUGAUGAAGACACUGUUAACUCAAUCUGAAAUUGCAAAAUUGGGGGGGUCUUUCCCUUUCAUCAUUUAUCAUUAUUGUUGCAAGAAUGUAAUAAGCCAUUCUGAUUCUGAAGAUCGGGAAUUUUGUUAAAACUGACACCAGGGUGCUGAGGAUUGUAAAUUUUAAAGUUAAAUCUUUUCUUCUUAAAUCUUAUAGUUCUUUUAUAA